AUGUCGCGAAACCGAAAACCGCUGACGCUCGGCGAAAAGCUUCGAGUUAUUGAGGAGGCGGAGAAGCGGACCGGAUCAACAAAGGCCAGCAUUGCCCGCGACCUGAACAUUCCCGAGUCGUCGCUGAAAACGAUCCUCGCGAAGAAGGACAGCAUCCUGCUGAAUGCGUCAAAGUUCGGCCUGAACAGGAAGGCCGCGAAAGAUGGCAAAUACGCUGCCAUGGAGAAGGCCCUCGUAGAGUGGUUGCGUCAGGCACGCAGUGCAGCUAUUGCCGUGGAUGGCGCAAUUUUGAAGGAGAAGGCAGACAUGAUUGCGUUGCGCUGCGGCAUUGACGACUUUAAGCCUCCAACGGCUGGUUAG